AUGCCUACUAUGGGCAUGGAGUUGACGACGAGUCUUUUUACAUGGAACAUGAUACGCGAAGCCCAGCGAUCUGGUCAAGCCGUUUUGUUUACAACUUGUUUAGCAGAAGAAUGCGAAAUGAUUGCUGAUCGAGUUGGGAUUAUGUCUGGUGGCAGAAUUCUUAAAAUUUCCAGAAUUUCAGAACUGAAAGAAAAAUAUGGAAAACACAUGGUGCUAGAAGUGUACCCAACGACGUAUUCUGACAGAGCAGAGGUGCUGGCAUCUAUUUCUAACAAAUUUCCAAACUACGCUGCUCUUCCAGGCGACGUUUUAAAUCCAGAGAGACUAAGAUGGAAGGUGGGCUUUGGCCGUCUUGGGUCUGCAACAUUGCUCUUGGGAAUCUACUGUCAUCCCUUUGAAUUACAAGUAGCGUAUGUCUCCAUGAUUCCUUCUGCCCUUUGCUGGAAUGAAUUCUUCUCGAUGAGUAUAGCACUAAGUUGCUAUCGCUAA